AUGGCGAGAGCAAGGGGCUUGUGCUGCCUCGUGUCACCGAUCCGCGGCAAGCCAUCCGACGUGAACACCCGCCGCAGCAGCGCCGCGUGCAUAUGCUGCAUCGGCCCUCACCACAAGCCAUCCGAGGCCGGCGGCAGCCUCGGUCCCAGCGCUGACCACCUGAGCGUGAGAUCACCUCUCAUCAGCUGCUGCGGCAGCGGAGGAGACGUCCGAGGCCGAAGCAACGCGCGUACGCCGCGCACACCCAGAACGCCUUGCACGCCCACUGCCAGGCGCCUCUGCGGCGUCCGCUCCCGCACCCCGCGCCGCGGCCAGGUCUGCUGCUUCCCUGCGCCGCCUGCUGCGGCUGCGGCUGCUUCGGUGGGAGCGGCCGCUGCUGCAAGAACGCCGCGAAACCCUACCACACCUCUCGGGCGGACGCAGCGCGUGUGCUGCGUCCGCGUCCCCGCGGAAGGCAACGCGAAGCUGGGCAGGCGGCGCCGUUGGUUCCGCUCCGCCCAACAGUCGGUGGCGCAGACACCGCGCUUUCCGGGCGCCGGCCGCGACAGCGCCCGCGGUGGCAACAACGGCGUCAAGGUCUACGACGCGCGUCUCGCGGAGGUGGAGGAGGCGGCGGCGGCGACAGAGGAGGAGACGUGCUCCAACGACGAGUACGCGCUGCUCUGCAGGGAGGGCUUCUCCCGGGAGGACGUGGCCGCGGUCACCAUCCAGGCCUACUUCAGAGGCCACCUGGCGCGGCGGGCGUUCAAGGCGCUGAAGAGCAUGGUGAGGCUUCAGGCGGUGGCACGGGGCGCGUACGUGCGGCGGCAGGCGGAGGUGGCGACCCACUGCAUGCAGGCGAUGGUGCGGCUGCAAGUGCGCGUGCGCGCCAGGCAGACGCUCACCACCAAGCCCAAGGACUUGCGGAGCUGA